UCCGAUAAUUGGGGAAUUGUCCUUAGAAGUUUUAAAGAGACUGAGAAAAGAGAAUGAGGUCAUCAUUGACCUUCCAGGUGAAGUCUUUCAGUCCUUUCUUGAGUAUGAUCUCGCCAAAGAAAUUAAGGAUAAAUGCUACGACAAUUCAAGGUUUUUCCGCGAGUUGUUCUUUCCAAACGUUGCUUCUAUAGCACCAGAACUGAGGGAGAAGUUGGUAUUGCAUACACUUGAUGACAUAAAUGGAGAGUUCGACAGCUUGAUUAAGAUGUAUGCUUGCAUUCCCGCCUCACCGGAUGGCCAAACGCUCAAGUGUCCAGCCCAACUUAUCCACCCCCAAAAGGGAGCUGCCUCGCUGUUUAGUCCUGACGAUAAAAGAUUUCCGUUUGGCACAAAGAAAACUUUUUUGAAGGACAUACGACUUGCUAAGCUUGAACAACUCGGGAUGUUGACAAACAGCCUUACAUGGGACGAAGUUGUUGAGAGGGCAGAGAGCAUUACCAUUUUAAAUGAGAUCUCCAGUAAAUCUGCAAUGAAGCGCGCUAAAGCAUUGAUGGCUUAUUUAAAAAGAAAAUUGGCCUGUGAAAAGGCAACCUCUGUACCGUUUCAUAUUCGCAGCAAAUUCAAGAGGGCCAGGUUUCUUCCCGUGCUUAGAAGACCGAAAAAAUUUCCUCUUCCUUGGAAAGGAGAUGAGCUACAUGGUGCAAGGACAUUCGUUUCACCUGAAGAGUCCUAUCUUGAGAGUGAGAAGUAUUUGGUUUGUUGCAGUGAACCGAUAGUCAACAUGUCUAUUCCAGAAAGUGUGAAAACGUUCUUGGAGUUCGAUAAAAGGCAAGCCACCAUUGGUCAUGCUCAAAGGCAACUUGAGUUUGCCACAACUUUGAACAUGGACAGAUUGGAUUCCCAAGAACUUGAUCGCAUUGAAGAGCUGUGCUUAGAAGCUUACAGGUAUUUUCAGCGAUCACUCAACAACAAAGCAAUCAAGGAGAAGGAAGUAAGAGAGAUUUUUGAAGGAAAAAAGUUCAUUUUCUGUGGAAAGAAUUUUUUUUACCCGGAAAAAGUAGCUUUCAAGUUGGAUGCUGAUUGUUCUCCUUACUUACAUCAGCUUCCGGAUGACUUGGCAAGGUCAUUUGAAAAGUUAAUGAAAAGUGCAGGUGUGAAGGAUGCUUUUGAUGCCGAAGAUUUCGGCACUUGCCUGAUGCAACUAAAGGAAGCUUUUGGGGAAAAAAAACUUGAUCAGAAGGCUCUUCAAUUAGCAGUUAACCUGUCUCUUCAACUUGGAAACAGCUCCGAAAGUCCUCAAGAAGAGCUCUUUCUUCCUGAUUCUCAAGGUGUAUUGCGACCUGCUGAUGACCUUUGUAUGAGAGACUGCCCUUGGAUGCCCGAUGAGAUUGACGUUUACUUCGUCAAUGACAUGAUUCCCCAUGUAGUAAGUACCAGACUGGGUGUCAAGACACGACGCGAAGAGGCAUUAAAGCAUUUCUCCAGUGGUAUUCCUUUCGGACAAAGGGAAAAACUUACAAAUCGUCUACAGCGAAUUCUUUCAGCUUACCCAUGCGAGAAAGAAAUAUUGAAAGAACUUCUCCAGAAUGCUGACGAUGCACAAGCUACUGAGAUUUGCUUCAUUAAAGACCCACGACAUCACCCUGACAAAAGAGUAUUUGGAGACUCCUGGAAACCCCUGCAGGGUCCUGCGUUAUGCGUAUAUAACAACAAACCUUUCACUGAAGCCGACAUCAUAGGAAUUCAAAAUCUCGGGGAGGGCAGUAAAGGAGAUGAUCCAAACAAAACUGGUCAGUAUGGAGUUGGUUUCAAUGCUGUGUACCAUCUGACUGACGUGCCGUCGUUUGCUUCUAGUGGUGAAGAAAUUGGAGACGUUUUGUGCAUAUUUGAUCCGCACCAUAAGUACGUACCAGGUGCAACCAGUUUUGAACCAGGUAGGAUGUACAGAGAAGUCCCGAAGUUGAGAAAAGUCUUUCCAGAUGUUUUUGCUUGCUACAAUGAUAAGGAGUUUCCCUUACGAAAUUCAACAAUGUUUCGUUUUCCAUUACGAACUCAAGAGAUGGCAUGUGAUUCCAAGAUAUCGAAAUCGCCAGUGACACUUCAAGCAUUAGAUGAAAUGAUUGAUGCGCUUAAAAAAGAGCUUUUCGAAGUUAUGCUUUUUGUCAACAACGUUACAAAGAUCACUUUGUGUGAAAUUGACCCGAAAACUAGGAAAACCAUCAAUCACUACUUUGUCGAAGCGGAAAUGACUGACGAAGAUGCAGCGAAAAGGAAAGAGUUUGCAACCCAUGUCCGACAGAUCGGGAAGUCAGCUAACCAAAGAGAUAACAUGUUUCCCAACAACAUUGAAGAGAAGAAGUGUUCGUAUGUUCUGAGCUUGCGAGACAGUAAUGACAACCAGGAAAAGUGGCUUAUCGUACAACAGAUUGGCCUUGAUAACAACGUACAAGCAAGUAUUACAGAUGCAUACCAAAGGCGAGAUCUGGGAAUGCUACCAAUAGGAGGAGUUGCUUGUCUUCUAGAAAAGAAACCAACAAACAACAAAGCACUAGAAAAUAGAAAGAAAAGGGCUUACUGCUUUCUUCCACUUCCCUUAGAGACUAAGCUACCAGUCCACAUUAAUGGUCACUUUGCAUUAGACCAUGAGGCCAGACGAAAUCUGUGGAGGGAUGAAACUCGUGGUUAUCGUAGUGACUGGAACAACGCUUUGCUGGAAGAUGUGAUUGCACCAUGUUAUCUGACACUUCUAGAUGAGGUUAGAGAGUUUCUUCAAUUGUCAUCAGCGCCGGAUACGGAACAAUUUACCCUUCAGUGCACUAAAGAGGCUUUGUCCAGAAAGAUCGACGAAUACGAAAAGCUUUUUCCAUUGGUAGUUUCGGGUGAAACAUACUGGGCGACCUUGGGAAGAACCGUGUAUCAGAAAAUGAACAAGAGAAGAUUGAGCCUUCUGCCGGUGGUGAGAAGUGAUAGAUCGAAGCAUCGACUAACAUGGCUCCCUCCAACAGGGGAGGGGAGAGAAACAGCGUUCUUUAAUAACCUUGCAGAAAGUGGUUGUUUCUCUAAUAACUCAAGAGGUUUUCCAGGUAAAAGUGACCCUGGAAAAGAAGAGAAACGAAGUCUUGAGACUAGAAAGAGAUUCGAAGAAAUAUUACUGAAAACGGGCUUUAAUCUUGUCAAGUUCUCGUUAUCUUUGUGCGAAGCGUUCAAAAACUCGCGUGUAGAUUGUUUUUGCGUAUCACCUUCUGCAGUAGUAAGGUUCUACAAGACCUUCAGUGAAAACGAACCCAUUUGUAAAAUUGGACCGAUCCCUAUUAAUGUUAAAAAGAGUCCAUUUAAAAGUACUGACAACGUCUCACUCAUGCUGAGAUAUUGCAAGGGGGAUACAAAUUUCCUUGAAAACCUACCAGGCCUCCCUUUACUUGUAACACAGGACAACCAGCUACAUGCAUUCAGUGACAGUGAUCCUAGGUUUCUAUCGUGUCACCACAGCAUCCUACCGCAAUGUAGAGAACUGUUUGUCCAUGAUCCUCUCAGGAUACAUAUCUUUGGCGAUGUAGAGAUUCAAGAAUCGUCGGUGUUAAAGCAUUUUGGUGUUGAAGAUUUUGCCACCAGCUUGCAUCGAUGCCUACCACCGAAGUUUUUCACCGAAGAAAGCUAUGUCAGGUGGUGCCCGACGCAACAAUCAGUGCCCAAUAAGCACUGGGUGCUGGGAGUAUGGAAUUUCCUUAAUGAAGAAAUUAGUGACGUUUUAAGGAGAAUGGAGGAAAGUGAAAAAGAGGAAGGCAUUUCUACAAUGCAAGAAGGGGAAGUCAAAAGGAUUCAAAGGAUACUUCUUCCUCUUUUUGAGUGCAGUAUCCUUCCGUGUACCGAAACAAUGACACCAAUACAUGGGAGCGUCGUUAGGAGACCAGAGCACUACUUAGUACCCUUGAUACUUGCACAGUCUAUCCUUGAUUUUACGUGUUAUGAUGAGAAUAGCAAACAUCUUGUUGAAGCUUUGAGGCGGCUCAACUUAGCCGAAGUGAAUUACACUGUAUUGAGGCCAGAUUCAUGUUUUCUUGUACACAAGCUGGUAGCAUCACUUAAAACAUCAGAAUGUCUUCUCAAAUGCUUUACGCAGAAAUUGAAGAAAAACCCCAACGCAUUUCAAGACAAACUGAAGCUCUCAGAAUGUCACACCAUUUUGAAGUGCUUCAGCGACACCGUGAACAGACUGGAAGAACGUGACAAACCCACGCUAAGAAGGCUUCCUUUCUACAAAGCAGCCCACGGCGGACCAACAAGUGUGGACAGUGCAGCGGUUUGUGUCUUACCCAUUGACGUUCCGCGGAAGGAGAUGGACGCUCUUGGACGUCGAAGAAAUGUGAUUUUCCUGGAAGAAUGUCGUCCACUGGCUCCUCUUUUUCAAUUCCUUGAAUUCCAGUGCAUUUCCUCAGUUGAGGUCUAUUGCACCUUCAUUUUGCAAACCUUCGACAUUUUCAGUAAAGAGGCAAGGCUUGCUCACUUGGAUUACAUCCGUUAUUAUAUUCUUCCGAGCAGGUCAAUUAAUGAGAAUGACAAGAGUAGGCUUCAGGAUUGUUUAAAAAACACGGCGGUCAUUACUUGCGAAGAUGGAAGCUUGCGGAAGAUAUCUUCCUUCUACGAUCCCCGUAAUGAAGUCUUCAGCGUUCUGCUUGCAAAGGACAUGUUCCCCCCAGAUCCUUUCAACCAAAACGAAUGGUUGUUGUUUUUAGAAGAGGUCGGGCUAACAUGUGUGGUCUCAAGAGAUCUGUUCACCAUGUUUGCUAGAGAAGUCGCUAUCGAAGGAGCUGUACGACGUUCAGAGAAUGUUGAUAAAAAGUCGAAAGUAUUGGUAGAGAACCUUUUCACUCGACAGGAUGUAGUAGCAGAAGGACUUCUACAGGCUGUGGGCGAAAUUAGCUUUGUGGCCUCUGAACCUGUUGAGGAAAAGUUUCGCAAGCUCCAUCAGCAGUUUGGUGAAGUAAGUGGUCAAACUCCCUACAUUUCAUUCAAAGGAUCUGUAUUUGCGCAGCAUGCUGAAAUAGUUUGGACGGCAGCGCCUCUGCUUCCACAAUGGGCAUGUCCUUGGAAUUACCCGUGGCUGAUGACAUUUUCAGGUAGGAACAGUGGCGAUGCUUACUGCAACAAUAUCUGUUCCUGCCUUCAGGUUCUGUCAGAGCCCACCCUUGAUCUGGUUAUUUCCCACUGCCAAAAUGUAUGCUUUAAGCUGGAAAAAGAAAAUGACCGUGACGUGCUGGAUGGGGAGAAAUGCACCAGGCUCUCGGUACUGAGAGGCAUAUACACGUUCCUUCAAGAAAAAGCCGUCUCAAACACCAUUUUAAAAAUAAAACUGAAGGAUACUCCUUGCGUUUUGGUGGAAGAGGGAGGCCGUUUUGUUCACUCGAAACAAGUAGUUCUGGAAUUGUAUAGCAAAGAUGAGAUUCGACCUUUUCUUUAUGGAAUGCCUGUAGAGUUAAGUGCGUUUAAAACGCUCUUCCAAUCUCUGGGAUGUUCACCAUCUGUCAAACCGCCUCACUACGUCAUGGUGCUAGAAAUGCUACACAGGCAAUCGAUGGGAAACAUGUUGGAACCUAAUGAGGUUCGUUGCGCUUCAAAGGCAGUGAGAGGUCUUUUAGAAACGAUUCAAGAUACUCCAUGGCCAAUUGGAACAGAUGGUAUAUCAAAUCUGUACCUACCCUCCGCAUGUCCUUUUAGGAGCAGUCUGGAUGAAGAGGUACCACCCAUCGUGUUGACGAGAUCGACAGAAUUAAUUUUCGAUGACGCUCCAUAUUACCAUGAUCGAAUUCGGGAAUGUGACUUUUCUUUUGUUGUUGACCUUAGAAAAGCAGGGGUAUGCAUCAAGUCCAAUGCAAAUUACAAAGACCUUAUCAAGCUUCUUCCCGCUGCUGUCCAACCCCAGAUGUUGUCCAAAGUAAUCGAAGAGAAACUCGUGGAACAUGAUAAUAAUUCAGUUUUCGAAUUUGGUGCUGCAGGCGCACUGAGGAAGCAAUUAAAUUCUGAGGAAUUCUAUCGUGGAAUUGUCAGGCUCAUUCGUCAUGCCAAUCAAGAUGGAGGUCCUGAUCCAGAUGAUGUUGCGACUGCAAGGAGCAGUCUGCAAAACAUUGAAUUCUUCGGAAUGGGCCAGGUUGUUACUCACCUGGUUCGUAAUGGACAGGUCAUCCAAGGUAGUCAGCAAGAAGUUCCCUUUUACAUGGAGGAAAUUUCAGAAUGCGGUCAAGAGAAGUGUAAAGUAUACAUUAAUGCUGCCGAGGAAGUUGAAGCAGUCAUGUCGGCAAUAUCAUUGAAACUAUCAAGGGUGAUUGCACAAGCGUGCAGAGGACUGCUGGGAGAUACCAUUCUCUGCAUUCCUGAGAUGCUUCGUUGUCAACCAAAUAUGAUAAGCUCAAUUUUAGAUAAGUCAAAUAUUCGCCCAGAUGACUCCUAUGAUGCAGAAAAAGGAAAUCUACUCCCUGAGCCAGGUAGCUUGAUUCCUCUUAAGCUUCACAGCCUUCUGAAUCCUGCAUUCAAAUCCUUUGAUCCCGGGGAAUAUGUUGGGUACGAAUUGGAUGAUCCAAGUCUUCAACUUCUGGAAGAAAAUGCCACCUUCAUCUACGCUUUGAUUCUUGAAGAGGUGACGACCGAUAGCCUCACCCUCCUAACUAAACGCUUCAAAAUCAACAUUGGGCACGAGAGGGAACCAGUAAUUGUCCAGGCUUCAGAAUUAUACCAAUUCCACCGUUUUCAAGAAAUAGCAUCCUCUACCAUUGUCCAGUCUGACCAACAAGAGAGAUCCCAGUCUACAAUAGAUAAAGGGCAAAUAUUGAACGUCAUUUCAGAUAUGAUUGAAGAAGCCUGGGGACUAUCAGAGGAUAUGAAGAAACAGGUUUUCAAGCGCCUCAUCCUACAGUGGCAUCCGGACAAGAAUCAAGGAAGCGAAGCGCUGUGUACGGAGGUUUUUCAGCACAUUAAGAGUGAAAUCGAAAGACUAGAAAAGGGAGAGUCUCGUAGACGCGAUGGGUGCACCCCACACAACUGGACCUACCAAGGGUCGUAUAGUGCUUUCUUUAACGUCUGGGGAAGGCGUGCAAGGCGAUAUAAUUCAGACCGCCAAGAGUACAGUGAAAGAUUUGCCAGGCAACAUAGAUCUCAGAGUCGCAGUUCAUGGUCAUGGCAUGUUCCUCCAAACUUUUGCGCCACAAAUCCUCAGCCAGCAGAGGCACGGCGAUGGUUCAGACAAGCCGAAGCUGACUUCGCCGCUGCCGAUAACGACAUUGCUACUACAAAACCUUCGCACGUGUGGGCUUGCUUCAAAUGCCACCAAGCUGCAGAAAAAGCAUUGAAGGCUGCCCAGUAUUCUGUAGGUUCUAGCAAAACCAAUGUUCAUAAUCUGGAGCAAAAUUCUCGCGCGCUGAGAGAUUCUAAUCUGACUUCGAUGUCCAGGGAGCUUGAGUCUCUCCUGGGUGACUCAACACGCAUGCGCUACCCAGAUCAAGUUUGCUGUCCUCGUAUACCAAGCGACGUUUACACUAACGAAAAGGCCCGUGAAGCAUUUCAGUUAGCCAGCAGGAUACUUGAUAACGUGAGGGGCAAAGUCCAAUAAGGAGGAUCUACUCUUUCCAUCCAGUUACAAAGAUGUUAUGCAAGAAGAGUGCCAAGAGUGUGCUUAGAUGCCAAAACUCAGAGUAAAGCAAUAUAGAUUAGUCAUACUUGCGUUAUAAUAGCUUUUAUGUUCUAUCGAUUGGCUACAAAAUUAGGCAGACAGGAUAAACAGCUCGCUUAAAUAAGCAAGGAAACGAGCUACAAAGAUAUUAUAAUAACUGGACACGUAUAUUUCACAGUAAUUUCAGCGUUGAGUUUAGAUUUUUUCUGUACCUUAUAUCAAUAUCAAGUUAAUGUUUAGUUUUUCAGUUGUUUGGUAAUCUUGAAAUUUAAGGUGCAUGAUUUCAAUUUAUGAUCUGAUUUGAAAACAAGCUAGUCUUUCCAGAUCAGAAAACGGAGUUCUUCUUAUGUAUGGCUUCAGUUCAAUUUUCACGUUAUCGGGCUUCAUUUUAGUCUUAGUGCAAUGGGUCCCUAAUUAGUGUUUAAAUAUAAAACAGUUUAUUCUUUGAUUCGAGUAGACUUUCUUACAUUUUAAGCAAGACUCCAGUAGAAAAUCAAGUGCAGUUAUUCAAAUUUCCUGGAUCCAGGAUCAUUUAUGAACGCCUUUAAACAGUGGAGUAGACUUAAUAAUAUUUUAAUACUUAAACGGUACAUUUAAGUUAGAGUACUUACUCCUUGCAAUUACAAUUCGAUAAAGGAGACACGUGAAAAACUGUAAAACUGUUAAUAAGUUAGCUCAAUGCAUAGCGCUGGACUGAUGUGCGGGAGGUCGAGGGUUCGAGCCCCGGCCGGACCAACACUCAAGGUCUUAAAAUAAUU